AUGUCUAUAUCGCCAUUAAUCACAUUCAAGGCUGGAAUUUGUGACUUCGAUACUAGCUCAUCAGCUCCCAAAAUCGUUCCCAAACCCAUUCCAGGCUACCUCUAUCUCUACGAAGAAGAUGAGCUUAUCCACUUCUGCUGGCGGCCUCGCUCCGCACCGAUGAGCCAACCCGAACUUGAUCUUGUCAUGGUUCACGAUGGUAAUUUUGUUCCAUAUUAUGACAAAGAGACUCGGUCAAGUUCAAAUCCCAAGUCUCCCACCACGGGCAGAGUAUUUGUCCUCAAAUUUCAAUCAAGCAGUACCCGGCACCUGUUCUGGCUACAGUCGAAGGACCAACAUCCACAAGGAAACCGUGCUUGGUUCAGUCCGCGUGACGAAAAGAUUGGGCAGAUAGUGGACCGACUCCUGCAAGGAGACGAGGUCAAUGUACAGGAAGAAUAUGCAAAUACCUCAAAUGAUCAUGGAGGAGAUGGAGAUGAUGAGGCUAUGGAAGACGCAGGUCCAGCGGGCCACGGAGACAUACAAGGCAACAUCGGGAGCGGGGAUCCGUUUAUGGGCGAUCCGGGGAAUGAGGGUGAAGAGUCGAGAGAGGGGGGUGCAGACGGAGGACGAGCCACGGCCAUGCCCUCGAACGACGCAGCGAUUGCAGUGCAGAACUUUCUGCGGUCCAUGCAAGGGAACCAAGCGCUAAGUAAUCAACAAUCGCAAUCUCAAGGCAAGAAUUUUACCACAUUACCCGACUUACUGCCAUCCUCUACGACGAUACCCGUCAUCGAUUCGGCGGACUCGACGUUUCUCAGCAAUCUUCUUAACCACAUACCGCCCGUCCUGCUGCUCCUUAGCCAAGAAGCCGAUGACAUUUCAUCCGUCGACCCUAAUUCAGAGACUGCGAAAGCAGCAAUAGAAGCGUUGAGUUUGGACCAAAAGAAGGAAAUAUUGAGGAAGGUCCUCCGGUCACCCCAGUUCUCGCAGAGCUUAGGAAGUCUGACUGCGGCAUUGCGAGAUGGGGGUGUGCCUAGUAUCAGCGAGGCUUUGAAGAUCCCUGUUGACAAUGGCGGUUUUAUUAGGCGGGGUGGUGUACCUUUGGGAGGUGGAGAAGCCGUGGAAGCUUUUCUGAAAGGGGUCAAAGCGUCUGUAGAGAAAAGGGACGACGCAGAGGAGGAAAGGAUGGAUACUGAUUGA